AUUAGACUGAAGGGUUAAGUCUACCCAACAGUCUCCAAGAUCUGAGCAGACCACAGGAGGCGCCACUAGGACGUCUCCACUGCGCUCCGUGACUAGGGAGGAGCGGGCCUCAGUCUCAGCUGCGGGUCUCGGCCAGAGCGGCUCCAGCCUGCGCGUCUCUGUCCCUCCGAGGGGCGCUCAGGCUCCCUAGCCUUCGCCUGCGCUGUCAGCUUUUCUCUACCCGCAAUCAACCAUGGAUGUCCACUCCUUGCUUUCCGUUCAAAGCAGCCAUGUGGGUAGUUGAACCAAACUCUCCUACCUGCCUCUCUGCUGCCCUGCCUGCCAAGAGACACUCCCAGGAAUCCAGCAACGUGGAGUUAUCACUGAUGCAUGAAGUCUUGGAACCACAGCAGAACAGCAGCAGUGCAGCGGGCGGCCUGGCUGGCUCCAUCACGGCCUGUAAGAAGGUUCUUCGCAGCAAUAGCUUGCUGGAGUCCACGGACUACUGGCUGCAGAACCAGAGGACACCUUGCCAGAUCGGGUUUGUGGACGAGGCGUCUGAAAACUGUGCUUCGGUCUGCUUUGUGAAUCUGGAUGUAAACAAGGAUGCCUGCAGCACAGAGAACCUGCAACAGAAACUGCUCAAUGUCUCACCAGACCUUCCAAAACUCAUUAACUCCAUGAAUGUCCAACAGCCGAAAGAAAAUGAAAUUGUCCUCCUCAGUGGAUUAGCCUCUGGAAACCUCCAGGCAGAUUUUGACGUUUCACAGUGCCCUUGGCUGCCUGAUAUCUGCUUGGUCCAGUGUGCAAGAGGAAACAGACCAAACAGUACCAACUGCAUCAUCUUUGAGAUCAACAAGUUCUUAAUUGGUCUCGAAGUGGUGCAGGAGCGCCAGCUCCACCUGGAGACCAGCGUCUUGAAGCUGGAGGAUGACACAAACUGUUCUCUGUCUUCAAUUGAGGAAGAUUUCCUUACCGCCUCUGAGCACAUGGAGGAGGACAUCGAGGCGGAGGAACACAGGAGUGGUUUCGAAACUAUAAACGUGUCAGCUAAUGUGUUGGAAAAUAAAAAGCCAAAGGAAGCUACUCAGGAAGGAUGGGAUUACCACAAGGAAAAGUUGCAUUGUUCUUUAGGGGAAAAACAAACUAGAAAACACCGUACACCCAUGAAAACAGAAGGGCCAAAGGAAAACAUAGCAGAGAACACACCCUUGCAAAGUGUCAAUCCUUCAGCCAGGUCAUUCCGUGGGAAAAGUGAAGUGGCAGGGGCCAAUCAGCUGGCCACAAACCAAGCGUAUCCAGAAAACAUCAAAGGAGAAACAGAAACAUCUCAGAUGCUGUUUAUCCCUCGGGAUGCUUAUCUCUCCAUGGUUAAGAAAGAGGGGCUUUCUUCCUGCGAAACAGUCAUUGAGCAGGGUAGCAACCCCAGAGAUCAUGGUGGCCUGCAAAAUUCUCUUCCUCCUGUUCAAAAUGAAAAAGCCACCACGGGCGAGUAUGCUACAAACUUAGCAGAAUCGGUGCUGCAAGAUGCCUUCAUCAGAUUGUCUCAGGCGCAACCGACACUCCCCGGGGAAUCUUCGGUUAGUUUCUCUGUGGGAAGUGCUCUGCUUCCCAGUGGCUGUUGUACAAAAGAUACAGUGGUCCCUCGUUCAUGGGAUGAGCUCCCCAAAAUUGUCAUUGUGCAGAGCCCAGAAGGUAGUGACGCUGCGCUGGAGCCAAGUGUCUCCUGGCCUGAGACGGAAGUUUCUGUUGAAACCACAGGCAUCCCUUCUGGAGAAGGCUCCCGCAGAUCCACUCAGAGCGCCCUAGAAGUUGCCCUGGCUUGUGCAGCCACGGUCAUUGGAACCAUUUCCAGUCCGCAGGCCACAGAAAGACUCACCAUGGAACAGGAAUCCCUGAUAUCCAGCUAUACCCAGAGAGGCAGUGGGGUACAACAAACUCAAGUGCCACAAGUACUCAUGGAACCGUCUCUAACUGAAUACUCCUUUCCGUCAGCUCUGUGCGGCAUGACUCAGGUGGCAAGCGCUGUUGCUGUCUGCGGCCUGGCUGAAAGAGAAGAGGUGACAUGUUUUGUUGCUCCAAGUCACGUCUUGGCCACCUCUGGGGCUUCUGAAGAAAUAUCCUCAGCUGAAAGUUUAGUGACAGAGAGGAGCACGGAGCUGGGGAAGGAAGCCAUUGCAGAGGCUCUGCUCAGAGAGGCUGCUUUAGUCUUAGCGCGACCUGAUGCGUCCGGCAGCAUUGGAGACCUCCUGGACUCUGUGAAAAGGAGAGUCGUAGAAAUCACUUCCAGAACCCAGAGCCUAAGCAAAGAGAACACCCAAAGGAAUGAACUGGCACAGACCCUGGCCAACGUCAUCCUCAAGCAUUGCAUUGAUGAGGUUCACCAGACACACUUAACAACUCGCCCCACUGAUGAAAGACAUCCCCGUGGAAUUCUUGACCCCUUAAUGGAAAGUGUGAACCAGCUUCUCCACAACGUGAUCUGCUUCACGUUCAAAAAGAUGAGUCACGUUGUAACACCCAGUGACCAUCCCACUUGCCUUUCUGAAGAGACCCUCAGGUGGACAGAGGCAGAACCCUUAGGUUGCCAGUCAUUUGAUCAGGCUGCUGGUCAAACAGAGGCAAAAGCUUCAGCAUGUUCCGGCAACCAUUCUCUUAGCAAUGUGCAUGGCACUGGCCUUGUCAGAGGUGAUCUUGUUGAGGAUGCACCUCCGAAGCAAAGCACGGGUGGAGCAAGGUCGGGGCUUUGCAACAACUCCAGGCUGCCAUCUGAAUUCUCAUGCUGCCACAGAAUGCUUGGUCCAGCUGCUAAAACAUCCCCCAAGGAAGUAAACCUGAAAACGCUUAUGGGAGAGGCCUCAAAGAACCCUGACUACACACUCAGUUUGGAUGGCAAAGAACAGAGAGCCUCUACGGAAACAGGAAUGUCACCCAGAGCAGUGGAGAGCUGUGGUGGCUCCCAGGAGACUGAAGACAGCCUUGUUCUAAGCACCCAAGAGAAACACACCUGGGCCACUUCCAUAAACAACGAAGUUCAAGUUAACCGAUCCUUGUUAGGGGAUGACCUGGUGUUCCCUGCUCAGUCUACACUACAGGCAAAGCAGUCCGAGGUCUACUGCAUCACAGACUUUGCCGAAGAAUUGGCAGAAACUGUUGUCUCCAUGGCAACCGAAAUUGCUGCAAUCUGCCUUGACAACUCCAAUGGAAAACAGCCAUGGUUUUGUGCUUGGAAAAGAGGGAACGAGCUUCUGGUGGCGCCCAAUGGACCAUGCCGAUCCUUGAAGAGGAAGAAGGAGAACUCAGGCGGUGGAAGCACUGUGAGGAAGCACAAACCACCUCGCCUCAGCGAAAUCAAGAGGAAAACAGACGAGCAUCCAGAGCUGAAAGAGAAGCUGAUGAACAGGGUCAUGGAUGAGUCCGUGAACCUUGAAGACUCUACAGACUCCGUCAGCACGUUCGCAAAUGAAGUGGCAGCCAAGAUCAUGAACCUCACAGAGUUCUCCAUGGUGGAUGGAGUGUGGCAAGCCCAGAGCUGUUCCCGGAAUCGGUUCCUGGGAGGUGAUAGGUGGAACAGGCUGAAGGCCUCCAGCUGCGAAAGCAUUCCUGAGGAGGACUCUGAAGCCAGGGUCUACGUUAAUAGCAUGGGUUUAAUGAGUACCUUAAGCCAGCCCGUUAGCCGCGCCAGCUCAGUCUCCAAACAGUCCAGCUGUGAGAGCAUCACCGAGGAGUUUUCCAGGUUCAUGGUGAAACAGAUGGAAAACGAGGGGAGGGGAUUUGAGUUACUGCUGGAUUACUAUGCUGGCAAAAAUGCCAGCAGUAUUCUGAGCUCAGCAAUGCAGCAGGCAUGCCAGAAAAAUGACCACCUCAACGUGAGGCCGAGCUGCCCCUCUAAACAGUCCAGCACAGAGAGCAUCACUGAGGAGUUCUACAGGUACAUGCUGAGGGACAUCGCCAAAGAAAGCAAAGAUGGCACCUCCUCCAGACGAAGCAGCCAUGACUGGACCACAGGCUUGCUGUCUCCUUCGGCCCGCUCCCCGCUGUGUUACAGACAGUCAUCUAUGCCUGACAGCAGGUCCCCAUGCUCCAGAUUAACUGUAAACGCACCUGUCAAAGCCAACUCCUUAGACGGCUUUGCCCAAAACUGCCCUCAAGAUUCGCUAAAUGUACAGCCAGUCAGUAGGUUUUCCUCAUCUGGUCUCUGCCAAUCAGACUCCUGCUUAUAUCGCAGAAGUGGGACUGACCAGAUCACAAACAUGCUCAUUCAUGAAACAUGGGCCACCUCCAUUGAGGCUCUCAUGAGAAAGAAUAAAAUUAUUGUGGAUGAUGGCGAGGCAGCAGGUGUCAGUCCUGGUCCUGUUUCAAGUGGCUCUUCUUUGAAAGUAGAGAAGGGUGCAAACGGAGUAGCUGCCAGCAGAGGACACAGUGGGCCAGCUCUGCUGGUACAGGAGUGGGUUGAUUACCAGAGAAAGGAUGCUGAUACUGAAAACAAUCAUUCCCCAGUGUCAUCUCUGAGCAAAACAGCUCCUGGUAAGAAACUGGAUGGUUUUGAUCCUAGAAAAGAAACCUCUUCGUGCCACGAUGCCGUUGUUCUCAAAAGCCCCAGGCAGCCGCUUUGCUCAAGAGACGUACCUUUGAUUCAGAUAGAGACAGAUCAUAAAGAAGAGGACAUUGGAGAACAAGAACCUAUCCUUCCCCAAAGUGGCUCCCUAGAAGAAACAGAAGGGCACCAACCUGAAGAAACCCUCCCAGAUGUGGCCAGAGGUGGAGAUGUGGCCCUGAGCAACUGCCAAAGCUGUUGUGACAGCCUCAAGAACAGAAAGGAAUCAGAAGCAGAAGUCUUGAAAGAAGCCAGGCCCCUGGAAGAACCCCCCAACCCUCCGAGCAGCAGCGAGGAGAGUACAGGAAGCUGGUCCCAGCUGGCCAAUGAGGACGACAACCCAGACGACACAAGUAGCUUUCUGCAGCUCAGCGAGCGGUCCAUGAGCAAUGGUAACAGUAGUGCCACUAGCAGUCUUGGCAUUAUGGACCUGGACAUUUAUCAGGAAAGCAUACCAUCUUCUCCCAUGAUUAAUGAAUUAGUAGAAGAAAAGGAGAUUAUUAAAGAACAAUCAGAAAGCAUCAAGGAGCAUGCCUCUGGUCUGCCAGGGAAAGCAGCCAGCCCCCAGAGGAGCCUGCUGGUGAUCAACUUUGACCUGGAGCCAGAGUGUCCUGAUGCUGAGCUCCGAGCCACCCUGCAGUGGAUAGCUGCCUCUGAACUCGGGAUCCCCACCAUCUACUUUAAGAAAUCUCAGGAAAGCAGAAUUGAAAAGUUUCUAGAAGUUGUGAAGCUUGUUCAUCAGAAGUCCUGGAAGGUGGGAGAUAUAUUUCAUGCGGUUGUCCAGUACUGCAAAAUGCACGCGGAGAAGAAAGAGGGGACUCCGACUCUCUUUGACUGGCUCCUGGAACUAGGAUAAGUCAGGUGCACCCUGCAAAGACUUUCCUUCCUCUAACCCAGCAUAGGUUACAGUGGUUUGCGCUAAAUGCUCUGAAUUUUCUCAAUACACUGCAUCCCAUUAGCAGAACUAUUUAAAAGCCUGCUCCGCUACCAUGGACAAGGAAUAAGUCCUAGAGAAAGUGAAAUACAAGUCUGUGCCAAUCAAUUUCACCACAGGCUUGUCCAAAGGAGCUUAAAUGAAAAUAGUUUUAAAGAGAGAUACUUUUACUGGGGCACAAACAGGAAAGUUUAUAACAAGCCCCUCUUCCAGAAAAGCUACACCCGCAUAUAUGUCACAAUAUAGAGUGAUCUAUAAUUUCUCCAGCUAUGUGAAUCAAAAAGAAAUAAAGUCAUUGGGUCACAAAAAUUUUACAAAUUAUUCUAAAACCUUCAUUGCACUUUGCUUAGCAGGUACAUGGGUUGUUCACCCAAGGAAAUACUUGGGAUAUAGUUGUAAGUUUCCAUGCCUUUAUAUAAAAGAUUUCAACCCUCAGAUGAAUAUCAGUGAGUACUAACACUCUUGCAUCAGUGUUAGCAGCAUCCAUGGGAAGUGAUUUCAUUUGUUUGCAGUGGCGGAUAAGUAUUGCCCCUCCUCCCAAUCACCCCUGAGCUCCUCAGAAGACUACUGUCGUUCAAGCUCAAGGUCGCCUUCUUUCCAUCACUACAUUUAUGACUUGAGUAAAAUCAUUAUGGAAUUCUUGCCUAAAGACAAGAUUUUAAAAGUAAACAAUGAAAUAAAUAGUAGUCUUUUAAAAUAAAGUAAGCUUGUGUAUUGAGUUAUAUGAGAAAAAACAUUUUGUUUUAUUGUAAAUUAUGAAAAGACUAUAUCUAAAUAAUAUAUUGAGUUGACUUGGAGCUUCAUAAACCAUGAAAACUUGUUGUCUCAAGUUGUAGAGUGUCAUGAAGUUUGUUGGCUGAUUGUAGGGUGAAUGUGUUGCCAUCUGUAAUUGCUGGCAUGCUUCUCCAAAGACAUUUGCAAUGAUGGAUGCAGGGUAAUGGCCUUGUGCUUGGCAGGGACAGCCAGGAAUACAGACUUCCAGGCUGGGUGAUAAUGACACUAAAUUAGACAAAUAGAAGCGUUUAUCACGUUUUACAAAUUCAUAGCAGAGAUAUACUCCUUUGAAAACACAAAAUAUCUAUAGGACCCUAAAGGAUCUCUUCCCUUCCAACUAAAUAUACUACACUCAUUUUUAUUUUCUCAAUCAGGAAGAUGGUUAGUAUGUAUCUUCCAAAACAGUAUGCUUUUGUUCUAUUUUUAAAGCUUACAGAAUACCUGUGAUUGUGAGCCAGCCCCAUACCAAGCUUUCUGCCCUAUCAGUUGCAUCCUAAGAAUACAAGAAAGCUUGCUGGAAAUCCAUAGCCCUCCCCCGCACCCAUGGCAGGAAUCUUUUUUCAGACCUCAGUGUGCAUUUAUCAUGCAGAUGGUCCAGGUUUAGGUGUAUGUUUGAUCUGAUGCAUUAUCCAGGUUUUGAAACGCAGCUAUCAUCUCAAACUGAACUGUGCUUCUUUGUGCUAAUACAUAGGAAAUGAUAUUUUUAUUGUUCAAAGAAUCCUAAAAUAUUGUGUGUAAAUUCUUGUUGUGCUCCAAUAAAUGUUUACUUACCCUCCAAAGCACAAAUACUGGAUGUAACCAUGUGUUGUACCUAAUGUUGCAAAUUUAUCAAUAAAUAUCUGUUGCAAAACUGUUGUUCAGUCUUUUCUGCUGAACUCCUGGAACUAGAGC